CAUUUCCUCCCGAGCGGGCGGGCGGGCGGGCGGGCGGGCGGCGCGAUCCCGGGGAGGCGGCGGGCAGUCGGCACCAUGCGGCCCCUGCUGUGCGCUCUGGCUGCGCUCGCCCUGCUCCGCGCCGCGGGCGCCGACGCCGCUGACCCCUCCAUCCCCUCCAGAGGAGACCCAGCUCGGAGCACGGGGUGUGACACACACGUGGCUGUCCUCGGCCGCUUGGACAUAAUAGAGGAGACGGUGGAGAAGACGGUGGAGCACCUGGAGGCCGAAGUGAAAGGCCUGCUGAGCCAGCUGGAGGGGCUGGCCUGGAACCUGCCCCCGGGGCCCUUCAGCCCGACCCCCGACCUCCUGGGAGAUGAUCGUUAGUGAGUCGGGAGAUGGCGUUGCUCAGCAGCUGGAAGUAAUACACCUGCCCGACAGCUCUCCUCUGAGCCUUGCACCUGGCCUUCCUCCCUCAGCUUUGUGCAAAUAAAGCUACUCCUCUGACCCCGCUGACAGAGUGGACCCUGCAGCCGCAGCCCUUCUCCACCUACCCCCACGCCCUGAGGCCCACAUCCCUCUGGAGGCUUGGGCCAGGGCACCCCCCGCCCGGCUGUGCUUCAGCCCUCCUCCUUUACAAGGCGGGCAGGGCAGGGAUGGCUCACAGAGGUGAGGCACCUGAAGCUGAGAAUCGUAAGAUGACAGCGGAAGGGCCUUUGGGGAGCCUGGCUACUCAAAGUAUGGGCUCACCUGGGAGUUUGUCAGAAAUGCAGAAUUUGGGGCCCCAAUCAAGCCUCCUGAAUCAGAAUUUACAUUUUAAUGAGAUCCACCAGGGGAUUUGUGUGCCCAUUAAGGUUUUUAAAAAGAUUUCUAUUGAAGUAAAAUUCACAUAGCACAAAAUUCAAAAUUGUAACCAUUUUAAACUACAAAUUCAGUGACUUCGCAGCGUUGUAUAGUCAUCGCCACUCUGAUUCCAGGACAUUUUGAUCAGCCCAAAAGCAAGCCCUGUCCCUAUGAAGCAUCACUUCCCAUCUCCCCUCCCCCGUCCGCUGGAAACCACUGACAUUCUGUCUCUAUGGACUUGCCUGUCCUGGACAUUUCCUAUAAACAGAAUCAUACAAUA